AUGAAUAUUUUAGACGAAGCAGAUGUUCAUCAACUCAGAAAUGUAAUAUCUGAAACGAAGGAGAUUGUGCAUUUGUAUUUAGAGGUGUUUCAGGGAUUGCUCGAACAGACAGAAGCGGUUGAGAAAGUUGUACCAUACAAUGUUGAAAACGUUGUAUCUUAUAAUGUUGAAGAGUGUCCAGAAGAAGAAACUAUGGCAGUGAAUACGGUUGAGGAAAAAAAAUUAUAUGAGUUUGGAAGAUUGACUAACAAAACUUUGUCAGCCGGUGAAGAGUCAAAUGAAGAAUGGUCAGAAGAUGAGUUCACACAGGAAAAAAGCUUCAGACAUAUUUUACGUUGGCGUUUAUAUGCAAAACGCCUUGAUCCCAUUGAUGAAUUUGAAAUCAGGAUUUUCAACAAUGUGCACACAUGUUCGUCAUUACAGAUACACCCUAAUCAUAAGCAUGCUAAUAAAAAAGUGAUGGGUAAUAUAUUGCAUGAGAUUAUGGGAAAAACUCGUUCCAAGGUUUGGAGGCCUAAUGAAAUAUCAAGGGAUUUGAAUGCUUUGCUGGAAAUCAAUGUAGAUUACAAACAAGCUUGGCAUGCAAAACAAUAUGCGAUGGAACUGUUGUUGGGAUCCUCUGAAUAA